CAAAAUUUAUUCUGGAAUCGUGGUAGUGGGGGCAAACAGUGAGCUCCACAAGGUCAUUAUUAUCAAACGUGGGGCCACUUGGAUUGUCAAACAAACGAUCACAGUUUGCCGAGUGCUUCUGUAGUGUUCUCGUGACCCAAAAAACUCCCAGUAAAUCUGUCUGUAAAAUGGCUUCUCUGACCAGAAAAAUCAUCUCAACUGCCCUUGCUGGCAAAGUCAGUGCUCCAUACAGUCAAGCCAUUGUCGCCGACCGAACAGUUUACGUGUCCGGAUGUCUGGGAAUGGACAAGGACACAUUGAAACUCGUUCCUGGUGGGAUUGUUCCUGAGACAUCUCAAGCUCUUAAGAAUCUCCGGACAAUCCUGGAGGCGGCGGAUUCGGGAAUAGACAAGGUGGUGAAGGUGACUGUCUUCCUGGGAGACAUUGAUGAUAUGCCCAAGUUCAAUGAGGAAUACAAGAAGGUUUUCACCCAUGAUUUCCCGGCACGUUCAUGCUUUGCUGUGGCCAAUUUGCCACUAAAGGCCAGGGUAGAGAUUGAAGCUGUAGCCCUCACUGGAGACGUCAAGACCAUCUCUACAUGACGCCAGAAGUCGAGUCUCUAGAAGUCAUCCAGGAAUCUUCUUGUCUUUCUGAGUAAACAAUAAAUUUCCUUUUGAUUCAAGUAUA